AGUAAAUUAAAAUUCAAACCAAGUUUUGAUUGAGUCGAUUUACUUGUCCAAAAUAGCCAGUUACAAUGAAUUCGGGAUACAUUUACCAAGAGCAGGAUCUAUUGGAUCUGUCAUUAAACAUUCCAGACAGAAUUCAGUUAAUAUUGGCUGGAAAAAAUGUAACAACCGUGGAAAAAGUAUUGAAAACAUCAAACAUUGAAUUGAUGUCAUUUGGAUUAACCGAUGACGAGGUCGAUGCAUUAAAAACGGCUGUAUCGUCAAUUGUGCCAUCUGCAACAUACAUGACAGCAUUGGAAUCUUCAUCGAUUAUGGCACCAAAAUGGAGACACUUAACGUUUGGAUGUUCAGCAUUGGAUCGAAUCACUCGAAAUGGUUUGCCAAUAAGAGGAAUUACGGAAAUUGUUGGAGAGUCUGGAUGUGGUAAAUCUAAGGCAUACUUACUUAAAAGUAAAUCUCAAAUAUGUUUAACACUAGCGCUGAAUGUUCAACUAUCGUUGGCCGAUGGUGGUUUGAACCGUUCUGCCAUCUACAUCUGUACAGAAGAUGCAUUCCCAUCAAAACGUUUAGUACAAAUUGCCAGCUUUUAUGAGAAACAAUACCAUAGGACCAAUUGGCUUGACAAUAUUUUUGUGGAAUAUUGUCCGGAAUCGGCGGUUCUGAUGAAUUGUAUUUGCAAUCGAUUACCCAGUUUCAUGGCACAACAAAGUAUUGGCUUGAUUAUUAUCGACUCAAUUGCGGGAGCUUUUCGUCGCGAUAGUGAUGCAAUUGCACGUGCCGAUAACAUGCGAAAACUAGUUUUUAAAUUACAAGCACUUGCCGAUGACUAUGACUGUGCUGUUGUCUGUGUAAAUCAGAUAACAGCUUCACUGCAUGACAAGUGUAUACCAAGUCUGGGUCUCGCUUGGAGUAAUCUUGUUUCAAAUCAAUUCAAAAUUCGCAAACUUCAAAAACAAAUUACGAAAAUUGAAUCAACAAUAUUAAAUACACCGGUUACAGUGCGAAGCAUGGAAAUUGGAUUUUCACCUGAAUUAUCAAAUCAAUUUGCAGAAUUUAUAAUUACCGAACGGGGCAUAUGUAAUGUGCCAAAUAACUAAUUUUUUUCACAUUUUAAGAUAAAUAAUAAGUCAAAGGAAAAAUAUCUGUGAUAAAACAUUUCUUUUCGCUAAUGGAUGAAAAAACCAAUUACUGUGACAUA